AUGGAACGGCGGCUGACGUCCUGUGUUGCAUACGCCUUGCGCAUAUCUUAUAAGAUUAACGUGCCAAGUGUGACAGAACAUCUGACAUCUGCAUUGCACUGUGUUCGGAAAGAGUCUGCCAAUCAUAUUCAUCCGGAUGGAACUGCUGCCCAGCGCCAGAUCAUCAGAUUGUUUGAUGCUUCGCCAACUUGCCAGACGCAGCAAUUUGCCGAUGCGUCCAUGCAAACCGAAGCGAACAUCUGCACUGAGCUAGAAUGCAAGGCUGUUGCUGAGGGCGUGUUGAAGACUGCUCAGGUUCAAAUCGAGAAGCUUCGAGCGCAGACUGAGUUAGUCAUUCAAGAGCGAGAGGCAACAAUUCGCAGGUUGGAAAGUGAUCUUGACUCGCGGAUUUGUCAGGUGCAAGCAAUGGUACAUGAUACGAAAGCUUCAUCGGGUAUAUUCGUGCCAGAAGCUGGGACCACUGCUUGGACAAGCUCCGCGGCCACCUCGAAUGUUCAUACGCCUAUUCACGAGAGUACUUCAGAAAUACAGGAAGGAAAUCAGUUGCUGAUUGACCACCAUCGGAAGCAACGGAUGGAGUUGAAACAGAGAAGAAGAUCAGCACGAUUGCAGCGCCUACGAGAGUUUGAAGAGGAAUGA